AAGCGUGGAAAAAAAUAGAAAAGUUUGCUUUUAAUAUUGGGCCAGAAAAAAACAGUUUGAAAUUCACAAAUUUGGUUGGCAAACAGCAACCAGAGCAUGUCCAAGAAAAGUCUGCUGCUUAAGGUAAUGUAAGGCCAUUUGAUUUGGAGCUCGACUAGAACCAAACGCUUCUCUGCUUGACAAAAAACCGCACUAGUUGCCAAAAAGCUAAACAAAAUGCAGCCGCCGCCGCGCAAGGGUAACUAUGUGAAAUUCCUGAAGAAUUUGCACACGGAACAGGUGGCCAAGUUGCAGCUAAAGAAUCAGCAUGAAUGCGAUCUCCUGGACGACAUCCGGCAGUUUACGCUCAAGCGAUCCGCCAUUGAGAAAUCGUAUAGCGAGGCGCUGCUCAAGAUCUCAUCGCAGUAUCUCAACAAGAAAAUACCCAAUAUACCCGACAUUAAAAUGGACGGCAUGGAGGAGCGCUGGAACAUGUGGAGCGUUUGGCGCACCGUCUUGGAGGAGAACGAGAAGCUCGCACGCGCUCGUCUGGCCGCCAUCGAGGUGUUCCAGCAACAGAUCGCCGACGAGUCCAAGGUGCUGCGGGAUUACAAGCUGGCCAUUGCCAAACGUUCGCUGGCCGGCAUUGUCAACGUACAGAAGGAGCUGCACCUGAGCGUGGGCGAUGUGGACAAGACCAAGAAAUCGUACUUUGAUGAGGAGCACUGCGCCCACGAUGUGCGCGACAAGGCCAAGGACAUUGAGGAGAAGCUCAAGAAGAAGAAGGGCUCGUUCUUUCAGUCCAUCACGUCGCUGCAGAAGAACAGCGCCCGGGUCACAUCGCGCAAGGAGCUGCUCGAGGAGAAAUCCUCCGGAGCACGCAACGACUAUAUCCUGAGUCUGGCUGCCGCCAAUGCCCAUCAGAAUCGCUAUUUUACCGUCGAUCUGCAAACCACAAUGACCACCAUGGAGAACUAUGUCUUCGAGCGGGUCGCCGAGUAUCUGAUGCUAAUGGGCCGCACUGAGCUGCUAACCUGUUCGGCGACGCAGAAUAGCUUUGGCAAAAUUCGCGAUCAAGCACAGCAGCUGACCCGGGAGUACAAUUUGCAAUGCUGCUAUCUGUUCUAUCCGGUGUUGAAGCAGCAUAUCCAGUACGACUUUGAGGCUUGCGAUAAUGAUCCGGUGCGCAAGGUGACCACCGAGCAUGACUCGGCUGCCGAGACGUUGACCAAGGAGGCCAAGAAUCUGGCGGGUCGUGUGGUCAAGGAGAAUGCCUCAAUACGCGAGCAUGCCAAGAAGUUGGCGUUGUGUCAAUCGCUGCGGGAUGCCGGCCAGCGCACAGAUCCCAACGAUCCGAAUGGACCCGAUCUGGAUACGAAAAUCGACGAGUUUCGCGAUCAGAUACGUCGCUCCGAAACGGAAAAGGCCAAGGCGGAGGCGUGCCUCCAGUGUUUGCGCGACGGCGGCAUCAAUGUAGACGAAUGGGUGCAGGAGGCGGAAAUAAUGGGCGUCCAGGAGCUAACACGCUCGGCCAGCUCCAUUUCCAUGCGCACCGAUGCCUCCGGCCAGGGUGAAAAUCCCAGCUCCGAUUCGUUCUACGACAGCGACAAGGAGGAGGCAGCCGGUGCCACGGCCGUUGCCGUGGCCAAGCCCAAGCCGGAGCAACAGCAGCAGUUCUCGCGGGAUCGCACUUUCAGCGACAGCGACGAGGAGCCCGAGGAGCAGGAGAAAGCACAGUCAAGCUCGGCGGCACCGGCGCAAAUGUUGAACGCCGGCAGUGCAGGCGGCUGGGACGAUCCGACCGAGGUCAAUUGGGAGGAGGCCGAGGACGACAAGGACGAGCCCAUUGUGCCCGAGCCCAAGGAGGCCAUCUUCAAGUGCACUGCGCUCUACAGCUACACGGCUCAAAAUCCCGACGAGCUGACAAUUGUUGAGAAUGAGCAGCUGGAGGUGGUGGGCGAGGGGGAUGGUGAUGGCUGGCUACGUGCACGCAAUUAUCGGGGCGAGGAGGGCUACGUGCCGCACAAUUAUCUGGACAUUGAACAGGACGCGGCCGGUGGCGCCUUCAAUGGUAGUUCUGGCAAUCAAUUGCGCUCACAAAUCUCAUUCUCAUCUGUCGAUUAUACUGUUGACAACGAAGAUCAGACCGUGGACUCAAUGCAAUCGCCCGACCAGGUAUCGGUCAUAAUGGCGCCACAAAAGCGUCUCAAAUCGGACGUCGAAUGGUGCAUUGCGCUCUACGACUACGAUGCCACCGCCGAGGAUGAGCUCACCUUCGAGGAGGGCGACAAGAUCAAGAUUAUCACCAAGACCGCGCACGGUGUCGACGACGGCUGGUGGGAGGGCGAACUGGAUGGCAAAUUUGGCAAUUUUCCCUCGCUGGUUGUCGAGGAGUGCGACGAGAUGGGCGAACCGCUGAGCGAGGGCGUCGACGAUGAGUCGCCGCCACCGACAGCCGCGCCCAGUUUUGCAUUGCCGCCGGCGCCCGCUCUGCCGGCAGAGUAUGCCCACGAGCUGACGGACAUAACGGAGGAUAUGUUCGGCUCGCAGGAUACGGCAGAUGAGGAUCGGGACAGCGGCUAUAUACCCAAUGGAGCUGCAGUGCCCAGCAUGCCUCCGCCAGUGCUUAUACAAGAGCCUGGCAUGGAGGACGAUUUCAGUGACGAUGAGAAGCCGCCGCCGUCGUUGCCGCCACCGCAGUUAGCCAAACCGGUUGAGGGCGGAACGGCGACGGCCACCACAGCGAAUAGUUUGAAUUUAGGUAUGGCACAAAUAAUUGUUACCGCUGCAACCCCAAUGGUUGAAGACGGUGCCGAUAAAUCUUUCCCACCAGUAGGCGAAAGGGACAAUUCACAGCAAGCACAGAAGGAACAGAAACCGGUGUUGGAUAAAAAGCCCGAUAUUGUCCCGAAGCCGAAGGCUAAAGUUGCGGCACAGAAGCAGCCGCCGCCGCCGGCAGCGUCCGCUGCCAAAGAAGGUAAUAUUGGUAUUGGCGAUGAGAUGGUUGGGGUCGGUGGUGUUCAGUUGGUUUCCAAUGUAACCAUAACACUGACAGAGUAUCCAUCCUGUCAUGCAGAGGAUGAACAGUCUUCCCUGGAUGGCAGCGACUCCAACGCGACCGAUGUGCCCGUCCUGCAGCAGCCGGAUGAUCCGUUUAUUGAGAAAUCCGCAGCCGGCGCUGUCCAGGCUGUUGGCACAGCUGCUGCUGCUGAAGGCGGCAGCACUGGAUUUGAGGCCGACUUCGAGGCCAAUUUCGAUGCUAAUUUCGAUGAUGCAUUUGCCGCUAGCGGAGCUGUCGCUGAACCUGCAGCUGCAGUGGGAGGCGGAGGCGGGGGUGGCGGUGGUGGCGGCGGUCAGUCGAGCAGCUUGGACUUGAAUUGUGAGGCACCGGCCGAGGAUGUUAUUGAGACGCCCAAGCAGGUGGUCGGCGGACGGGCCAGCAUACCCGAGGAGCUGGACUCAAAUCAAUUGGCACGCCUGGAGAAUCUGAAAGAGUCGAAUGCCUAGACAGCUAAUGCCAAUUCCCUAAA